AUCAUGCCCUCGGACGCUCAGCCCUUCGUACCAAAGUUCCCCGAUAUCGCAACUUACCCUGAAGGAGCCGAGGUCAAAACAUACAAAGGCGCAUGCCAUUGUCGCAAGUUCACCUAUGAGUUCGAUUAUCCAGGACUUGAUGUAAAGAAACCAAUCUCGUGCAACUGCACGUUCUGCACCAAAGUUGGGUCGAUGAAUGUGUUCGGCUUUCAGACUUUCUUCCGUCUUGGCGGGGAACCAGCAAGCUGGGACGAGCUCUCGAAAUUUAAAGCCAAGUUGAAGCCUGUGACGCAUCAUUUUUGCCCUGGUUGUGGCUGCUACAUGUUCUGGACAGUAAUGGGCAUCGUCGGUGUUAACGUACGCAUGUUUGAAGGCAUAGAGGUGGAGAAAAUAAUUGCCAUUCCGGUUGAUGGGCGGAAGACGAAAUAAGAAUAGAAACUUAAAACAUCACUGAGUCGUGUAUACUAGUUGUGGAAUGCUCUGGAUUCUUCAUACUGUGGUGCAUUCAGCAGUGUUUUCGGAAUACAACCAGUGAACAGAUAGA